AUGAGUAGAUUUUUCAACGAGUCGCGCAAGGAGUCGCAACUGCCUCUCUUCAACGCUGCUCCGAUCAAUGGUGGUCAAGUGUUUGCGCAUGGUUACAGCCAAACUGGCGCGCCCAUUCAAUCACUUCCUCAAGCUGCAUUCAUGAGACACGCUUCUCCAUCUCUGUCACAAGGAUUGUCUUCGAAUGCUACAAGUGCUCAAAGCCCAGUUACGGACCCAGACUGGAGCUAUUAUUCCCCAGGUCAAGAAGAGUAUGCGAUGCAUGGUGGUAUGGAGUUUUACGCCAAUUCUCCUCCUACUUAUGCCAACUCACCCCCACCGUUCGAGUCCGCUCCCCCUCUUGCGCCAAGUCACUAUCAGCACUAUUCCCUUCCUACAGCUCAAGCACCCGGCAACUCGUGCGUCAACAUGAGCCAAGUCCAAGGUUUCGCCGAUCCACAAGAAGUCACGUUCGAUGCCGACGAAGGUUACGAAGAGAUGAAUCUCAAGUCUGAGUACAACAUGGAAGCCGAGAAGCAACAAGUCAAGACCGAGUAUCGUCACCAAGAAGCUCAGGAUUACCACUAUCACACAGAUUCCGCAGUCGGUUCAUCCAUCAAGGACAUCAACUCACCCGAGGACACUUCUAUCCAAGCCGGCGACGACGCUACCUCUGAUAUCGAUGCCGAAGGAGAAAUCGACAACGACCAAGACGCCAUCGAAGUCGACCCAGCCUCCGACACCGAAUACACACCCCGCAGCACCCGCACCCGCAAGCGUCCCUCAACGACCUCCACCACCAAGCCUACCCCCAAGAAGAACAGCAGCCGAGUCAGCAAGCCCAAGUCAUCCACCACCAACUCCAAGAUAACCUGCAAGUCCUGCGACGCACCUCCCUUCAAAGAUGUCACCCAGCUCGCCCGCCACAUGGCAUCAACCCACACCCGUGCCUUCAUCUGCGUCUUCUCCUUCGCGGGCUGCGCCUCGACCUUCGCCUCCAAGAACGAAUGGAAGCGUCACGUCUCUUCCCAACACCUCAAUCUAACGGCUUGGAUCUGUGAGAUUGGCUCCUGCGCCAAAGUCAACGCCUCGAAGCCCGGCGGCGCGGAGUUCAACCGCAAGGACCUAUUCACCCAGCAUCUGAGACGCAUGCAUGCUCCCCACUCGGUCAAGCGCAAGAAGCAGGUCGAUGAGAACUGGGAGAAGGAGUUGAAGGAGCUGCAGGUGAGCUGCUUGAAGGUUAAGAGACAGGCGCCGGGACAGUUGAGAUGUCCGGUUCGGGAGUGCAGUGUUACGUUCGAGGGCCCGAAUUGUUGGGAUGAGAGGAUGGAGCAUGUGGGGAAGCAUUUGGAGCGUGCGGCGGCAGCGGGCGAGACGGGUGUUGAUCAGGGUCGAGAUGUGCUUCUUAUUAACUGGGCUGUCAAGGAACGCAUCGUUGAGGAGCGUGUUGGUGGUGGCUAUCGGUUGGUUGUUGGUAGCAAGCGGGACGAGGAAGAAGAUGCUGAUGCUGAGGGUGAGAUUGAGUGA